AUGGAGGAGGUUAAAGCAGCCGUUUUUGGGUUGAAUGGUGAUAGUACCUGUGGUCCGGAUGGAUUCACUAGACAGUUCAAUCAAGAUAGUUGGGAAGUUAUAGGUGAGGAUAUCUUUAACAUGGUGAGAGAUUUCUUUAAUAGUGCAGGAUUACCAAGUUUCAUUACUCACACAAAUCUUGUCUUGCUUCCAAAGAAGAAGAAUGUUCCAACAUUUUCUGAUAUGAGACCAAUCAGGUUGAGUAACUUAUCCAACAAGAUCAUAUCUAGAGUGAACCAUGAGAGGUUAGUUGAGAUUCUACCUUCACUAAUCUCUCCUAAUCAGGCUGGCUUUGUUAAGGGGAGGAGCAUAAAGGGAAACAUCCUGCUUACUCAGGAGAUCAUAACUGACAUAAGAUUGAGAGGGAAGCCAGCCAAUAUGGUAAUCAAAUUGGACAUGGCAAAGGCUUAUGAUAGAGUGUCAUGGUUGUUUUUUACAAAGAUGUUGAGGCAAAUAGGGUUUGGAGAGAUCUUCACAUCUGAAGUGCUUAGGAGAGCCUUGGAUGCUUUGUUUGACAAUCCAGACUUCAUAGGCUUUGGCAUGCUAAAGUGGAGCCAAAACAUCAAUUAUCUAUCCUAUGCAGAUGAUACUAUUAUAUCAUGUUCUUCUCAUUAUGGGGCAGUCCAGCUUAUCAUGAAUAUAUUGGGGGAUUAUGAGGCAGCUUCAGGGCAGAAAAUCAACAAGGAAAAGUCUUCUGUUUAUAUGCAUGAAAAGGCACAUGCAGAUGAAGUGAAUAUUGUCUAUUUGAUCACUGAGUUCCAAAGGAAAUAUUUCCCAUUCAGUUACUUGGGAUGUCCAAUAUUCUAUAGUAGGAGGAAGGAUUUCUAUAAGAGAAUUAUUUUCAAAGUUCAUGAGAGGUUAUCAUCAUGGAAGGGUAAGUUACUCUCAAUUGGUGGAAGGGCAGUGUUGAUUGCACAUGUGUUAGAAAGCAUGCCAAUUCAUCUCCUUUCAGCAGUGAAUCCUUCGGUAUAUGUGAUCAACCAAUUGCACAAGAUGUUUGCUAGAUUUUAUUAG